AUGCCCUCUCCGUUCAUCGCCUGUCGUCAUUCGCCACACGUGAUCUCCAUCCACCACGCGUCACUGCACUUGGCACUCGCGCAACGAUCGGCGAUCGAGCGAGAUGCAGCUAACUGUUACUGUGCGUCCAUCCUGUGCGUACUCGUCACACACGCCUCCAUUCUUCCGCGUCAAUCUCCGCUCGGUCGCACUGUGCCGCUCGCCAUCCCUCAGCCCUCCUCGUCUCAUUUCGUCGCAGCUGCCCCUCCGAGUCCGCUGACACAGCAUGCGCACGCGAGUCGUCGUCCCUCACGUCAGUCGUCCUCUACGCUCUCGUCCUCGCUGGCCACGACCAUGCGCAGCCGCACGCCAGCAUGCCUCUCGCGCCAUCGCGCGAAAUGGUCGGCCGCACAGCAGAACGCGCUCGACCCGAUGGUGCUGACCGGCACUGACGCCAGACGCCGCGCGACUCCAGAGCCGCGUUUCUGUCUGCAGGCCACCGGGCCCGCGGAAGACGUCGCGGGCUCGCCGCGCCCGCGCUCCACGUCCACCGGGGCAGCCGCUGUCGACCACAAGGCUCGCCAGGACAGCGUCGACGGGGGCGCGCGCGAGCACACGACGGGUGACGCGGGAGCAAGACACGCGCAAGAAAUCGCUCGCACGCGGGCACGCGGCCGAGCCGUCAGCAGCGCGCACCGUGGGCAAUGGCGCAUGCGCGUGCGACGGACGACGAGCAGUAGACAACAUCCUACCCGCGUCAAGGAAACGACGACCGGCACCGCGAGCGCGCCGCCAGAGGAGCGAGAUUCAGACGCACAAGGCGGAGACUGCAGGGCACGGCGAAGACCUCGAGCAGCGUCCGUUCGCCCCAGCAUCCUGUGCACCCCGUCAGCUGCAAGUAACGCGCCCGCGCCGGACGCACAGCCUGAUCUCAGGGAAUCCUCACACACAACGCGCGUGGGUACGCCGAGCGUUCCUUUAUUCCCGCUCGCUUCACCCGCCGUCCGCCGUCCGACGACUGCCCCAGUGCGCCUCCAUCCACCCGCCGCCGCCGCCGGUGCGUCAGAGCAGCGACCAGGACACGAAUCGUCCGCGGUGUCGGGCGCCGUCGAUCGGUCACACAUCGCCCGCGCCGCCAAACUACGUCUGACGCACAACGCAACGGACCGGGUUCAGCAAAGGAUGAUCUCUCGCACAUUUGCUUUGCCCGCGCUUUGCGUGCGCUGA